AUGCCGUUCUUCAAACGCCAACGCCCGUCAACUACUUCCGAUGACCACGCCACCACCAGCACGGCGCCAGUCUCCCACAAUGGCCACCACGAUCACCACGAUCACCACGCUGGAAAGCACGCUUGGUCCACUGAUGGCUCGUUAAACAAGAGGCCUUCGUUCGGCCAGUGGUUGAAGAUGACUUGGCCUGACAUCCUCACCAUGGUCUGCAUGGGUGCUAUCGGUCUCGGUGUCUACGAGGCGCAUCCUGCUCCUUCCCGAUCGUUCCCUGUCUACUUUGAGAAUGGCGAGAUUGUAUACCCUCAGUUUGCCUAUCCGCUGCGCCAUGAGGUCGUCCCCAUCUGGGCCGCCGCCCUUCUCGCCGUCCUGGUACCCAUUGCCGUCUUCCUCAUCAUGCAGAUCCGCAUCCGCAGCUUUUGGGACCUCAACAAUGCCACCAUCGGCCUGCUUUACUCCGUCAUCACCGCCGCCGUCUUCCAAGUCUUCCUCAAAUGGCUAAUCGGCGGCCUCCGCCCUCACUUCCUCGACGUCUGCAAGCCCGCCGUCCCGCUCAACGGGCUCAACACGGGCAACGGCCUGCGCAACAUCAUGUACGACCGCAGCAUCUGCACGGGCGACCCGGACGAGAUCGACGACAGCCUCGAGUCCUUCCCCUCGGGCCACACGACGGCCGCCUUCGGCGGCUUCGUCUACCUCUCGCUCUACCUCAACGCCAAGCUCAAGGUGGCCGCAAACUACCACCCGGCCAUGUGGAAGCUCAUCGCCACCAUGGCUCCCUUGCUUGGCGCCACCCUCAUCGGCGGCGCCCUGACCAUCGACGAGUACCACAACUGGUACGACAUCAUCGCCGGCGCCGUCAUCGGCACCAUGAUGUCCUUUGUGAGCUACCGCAUGGUCUACGCAUCCACCUGGGACUUCCGCUUCAACCACAUCCCCCUCCGCCGCGAAGUCCCCUUCACCUACGGCGGGGGCCCCUCCUCCGACCUCUUCGCCGGCUUCCACGACACCAUGUGGACGCGCCAGGUGGGCUGGGGCGCGCCCGAAGCCUGGUCGAGCUACGGCGGCGCCCCCUUUGACGCCAGCGCCGUCGGCGGCCUCGGUGGCGGCGCCUCUGGUCUGACGGGCGCUGGCAACAUGCACAAUGGCCACGGUCACGGCCACGGCCACGGUCACGGAUACCCUACCGGCAGUACGGCGACGAGGCACAGCGUCGAUAGGAGGCCCGUCCCGCCGUCCAAGGAUAGGUCGGAAGGCGCGGCGCCGGAGCACAUGGUAUGA